AUGCAACUGAAGAGGCUUUGUAGCCAGCCAAUAGUAACUUUACACGAUGGAUUUGUCGGCAAAGCUAAGAUUACGCCUCAACAUCUAUUAGUUAAUAAUAGUUUCGUUCAACGAAUCAGCCAAGUCCACACAACUCUUGAAAGCACUCUCUCGUCUCUCUGUUGCUCACAUUCAUCCAACUCUACAGGUAUGUCUACAUCUGAGAACAAAGUGGAAAUCGUUGACAGAGGCAACAAGGAGGAGAACAAAGUGGAAAUCGUUGACAGAGGCAACAAAGAGGAAGAGAAACAAGAAGAAGAAGGCCAAGGCGGUUUCCUCGGCAAGGUGAAAGGUUUCAUUCACAACAUUGGCGAGAAGAUAGACGGAACCAUUGGCUUCGGCAAACCAACUGCUGACGUCUCAGCCAUCCACAUCCCCAAGAUCAACCUUGAGAGAGCAGACAUUGUCGUAGACGUGCUCGUCAAGAACCCUAAUCCAGUUCCCAUCCCUCUCAUCGAUAUCAACUACCUCAUCGACAGUGAUGGAAGAAAACUCGUCUCUGGACUCAUCCCUGACGCAGGAACCAUCAAGGCACAUGGAGAAGAAACAGUCAAGAUACCAUUGACGUUGAUCUAUGAUGACAUCAACAGCACUUACAACGACAUCAACCCAGGGAUGAUCAUACCUUACAGGAUCAAAGUUGAUCUCAUCGUCGACGUACCUGUCUUAGGGAGGCUAACAUUACCCUUGGAGAAACGUGGAGAGAUCCCAAUACCUAAGAAGCCUGAUGUUGACAUAGAGAAGAUUCAGUUCCAGAAGUUUUCUUUGGAAGAGACCGUGGCGAUUCUCCAUGUGAGGCUUGAGAACUUGAAUGAUUUUGACUUGGGGGUUAAUGAUUUGGACUGUGAGGUUUGGUUGAGUGAUGUGAGUAUUGGGAGAGCUGAGAUAUCGGAUUCUGUUAAGCUUGAUAAGAAUGGGAGUGGGUUGAUUAAUGUGCCGAUCACGUUUAGGCCAAAGGAGUUUGGUUCUGCGCUUUGGGAUAUGAUUCGUGGUAAAGGGACUGGGUAUACUAUUAAAGGUAAUGUGGAUGUUGAUACACCGUUUGGGGGUAUGAAGCUUCCUAUUAUUAAGGAAGGUGGUGAGACUCGUUUGAAGAAGGAAGGGGAUGAUGAUGAUGAUGAGGAGUAA